UUGUACAAGGCUGUUGUGAAUGGCCCUGUACCAUGUGACCUCUGUGAUCAUUUACAGAUUUCACACGUAGUAAGCAAUGUUGUCAGAAGUGACAUCUUGCUUACUACUCUGCAUGUGAUCACUGAUUGGCCAAUCAGUGAUCACAUGAUCGGGACCUCGCACAGAUCUUGCAUUCUUGCAGCCAUUGAGAAAUACUGUGAGAGCUGUGAUUGGUCACAGCUUAUCAUAUGGUAGAAGGCUGUUGUGAAUGGCCCUGUACCAUGUGAUCUCUGUGAUCAUUCACAGAUUUCACACGUAGUAAGCAAUGAUGUCAGGAAGUGACAUCAUUGCUUACUACUCUGCAUGUGAUCACUGAUUGGCCAAUCAGUG